GAUGGUUACGGACGUUCAGCUGGCAAUAUUCGCCAACAUGCUUGGCGUAUCGUUGUUCCUGCUGGUCGUGUUGUAUCACUACGUUGCAGUCAACAAUCCCAAGAAGCUGGAGUAGAUUCCCGCCCCCCUUCCCCCUCCUGGUAAUAAUGAUGGGGUGAGUGUGUGUGUGAGAGAUUGGGGCCAGGGCUACCCUGAAGAUCCUUGGUGCCACUAGCAAGAAUAUUCCAGCUUUCUCUACCCAUACACCACCUGUCAUCCUUUCCUGCUUUUCCACAGAGACAUAAUUCCCCGUAUGUACAGGAGUGCUUUCUAAUAAAAAUGUGUGUGAAUCA